GAUUGUCAGUUAUCAAUGAUUUUGUGGAGAAGUCGGCAUCUUUACUAAAUCCUGCUUUCGCGAAUCAUUGCAUACUCGGGGUGCUCGUAUCUAGUUUUUGUAUUAAAUUUACAAUGAAGCCGAAAGCAGACUUGACAACACAGGCAGCAUGGACAAAAUUGCAAGAAUAUUUCGAUAGUAAUCAAUCGAAGAUUAAAAUACACGAUCUCUUCCAACAAGAUCCUAAACGCUUUGAAAAGUUUAGUUUAGAAAUUCCUACUCCAAAUGAUGGACCAAUUUUACUUGAUUACUCCAAGAACCGUCUCACUGAAGAAGCAUUUAAACUGUUGUUGGAUCUGAUACGAGAACGUGAGGUGGAAAGUGCCAGAGAUGCUAUGUUUAAGGGAGAAAAGAUCAAUUUUACUGAGAAUAGAGCUGUUUUGCAUGUUGCAUUACGUAACAGAUCAAAUAAACCAAUAUUAGUUGAUGGUAAGGAUGUAACGCCAGAAGUAAAUUCUGUUUUGCAACAUAUGAAACAAUUUACUGAUGAGGUUCUUUCAAAAAAGUGGAAAGGCUUCACUGGUAAACCAAUAGAAGAUGUUGUUAAUAUUGGCAUAGGUGGUUCAGAUUUGGGUCCUUUGAUGGUCACAGAAGCACUGAAACCAUUUCAUAUUGGACCAAGAGUGCAUUUUGUUAGUAAUAUUGAUGGAACUCAUAUAGCUGAAACUCUUAAAAAACUGAAUCCUGAGACAACUCUCUUUAUAAUAGCAUCAAAAACAUUUACUACUCAAGAAACAAUUACAAAUGCUACUUCUGCAAAGAUAUGGCUUUUAGAGGCCUUAAAAGAUAAUGCUGCAGUAGCAUGUCAUUUUGUAGCAUUAUCUACUAACAACCAAAAGGUCAAAGAAUUUGGUAUCGAUGAGAAAAAUAUGUUUGGAUUUUGGGACUGGGUUGGUGGUCGUUAUUCUUUGUGGUCAGCUAUUGGUUUAUCAAUUUGUUUAUCCAUUGGUUUCGAAAAUUUUGAAAAGUUGCUCAGUGGAGCGCACUUUAUGGAUCAACAUUUUUGCAGUGCUCCAUUAGAAAAGAAUGCACCAGUUAUAUUAGCUUUACUUGGUAUUUGGUACCACAACUUCUACAAAGUUGAAACACAUGCAUUAUUACCAUAUGACCAGUACUUACAUAGGUUUGCUGCUUAUUUCCAACAAGGGGAUAUGGAGAGUAAUGGAAAAUAUGUUACCAGUGCAGGAAAAGUUGUAAAUUACAAUACUGGCCCGAUUGUAUGGGGAGAACCUGGUACGAACGGACAACAUGCCUUUUACCAAUUAUUACAUCAAGGUACACGAAUCGUACCAGCUGAUUUUAUAAUUCCAGUACAGUCACACAAUAUGGUACAAGGAACAAAACAUCAUAAAAUACUUCUUGCCAACUUCCUUGCACAAACUGAAGCAUUAAUGAAAGGUAAAACUGAAAAUGAAGCAAAAACUGAAUUAGAAAAAGCAGGAAUGAGUCCUGAACAAGUAAAUUUGAUAUUGCCACACAAGAUGUUCGAAGGAAACAGACCAACUAACAGCAUUCUUGUGCAGAAAGUGACACCUUUUACUCUUGGAGCUUUAAUUGCAAUGUAUGAACACAAGAUCUUUGUACAAGGCAUUGUAUGGGAUAUCAAUUCAUUUGACCAAUGGGGUGUCGAACUAGGAAAACAGUUGGCAAAGGCAAUAGAACCGGAAUUGGAAACUAAGGAGGCAAUUACAAGUCAUGAUGCAUCAACAAAUGGAUUGAUCGGAUUUAUUAAAAAAAAUCAAUAAACAAAAAUUUAUAUUGUAUCAAGUC